AUGACAACCCUCAAUGAUUUAAAUACUAAACAACUACAAGACCUUGUUAGUUGUGCUAUAUGUUUGGAUUAUUAUCAAGAUCCACGUGUUCUUCCUUGUUCGCACACGUUUUGUUUUAAAUGCAUUCAGCAAUUGGUUAAAGAUGGCACACUUAUUUGUCCCUUACGAGACGAUGUUAUAAUGUAUAAAGAUAAUAUUGAGAAACUACCAAUCAAUCGAACAGCUAAAGAUAUGGCAGAUUUUGUGCUAAGUAUUAACCCAUUUAGUGGUAAAAAGUCUUGUCAAUCAUGCGAUAAUUGUAGUGAAAAUAAUGCAGUAAAUUGGUGUGACGUAUGUGCUGUUCAUUACUGUGAAUCUUGUACACAAUCAAUACAUUCAAUAAAAGCAUUGCAAUCUCACAAUAUUGUUCCAUUGACAGAAAAAGUGUAUUCGAUUUGUUCGGAACAUCCAGACGACAAAUUCAAAUAUUGUUGUAGCAAAUGUGAAGUUCUUGUUUGUCGUGACUGUUUAUUAUUCAAACAUAGAGAUCACACAUUUAUGUCCUUGAAAGAUGCAGCAAUAGAAGCUAAAAUAAAAUUUCAAGCAAUUGGUCAAGAAAUUGACAAAAUGAAAAAAAAUUUAACAAAAGUUUUAGAUGAAACAAAAAGUGUCACUAAUCAACAAAUUCAAAUAGUACAAGAACAAAAGCAAGAUAUUGAACAAACGUUUGUCACACUGCAACGUAUAUUAGAAGAACGAAAAUGUACGAUUAUACAAGAGUUAGAUAACAAUGAAUUACAAAUGACGAACCUACUAGCUCAGCAACAACGUGAUAUAGAUCAAUAUCUUAAUUUCACCAUUGUCCAAGAACUAUGUGUAAAAAGAAUGCUGAAUUCCAAUGAUCCAAUGCAAAUAUUAAAACUUAAAUCCACUUUAUCUCAGAACGCUAAUGAUUUUGUUGUACAGUAUAAAAAAAUCGGCGAAGAUUAUACAAUAAUGAGACAGGUGUUCGAGAAUAAUGCCACACAAUUAAAACAAAUUUCUGAGAUGAUUUCAAAUUUUGGUAGUAUCAGUAGUAAACCAUAUGUAAUAAAAGGAUAUGGCAGUACAACUAAUUCACUAAAUAUCUCAAAACCAGACGGUGAUACUGUGUUAACUCAAAAACACAUAAAUUAUGCCCGUGGUUACAAAUUCGCAUUGAAAGAGUCGCUCCAACUACAUUCGAUUCAGAUACAAUCCGAUUAUGUUGGACAACACAUAGGCUUUGUGGUUAAUGUUGAUGGUGUUAUUAAACAGAGUGAGACAGUUAAUUCUGGUGAUUCAACAAUGAAAUCGUUAACUAUUCCAUUGCAAUGUGAUAUAAACAAUAAUGAUAGUGUGAUUGUUUGGGCUCCAUCCGGCAACGGAUCGUAUGCAUUUAAAAGUGGUAAUAUCUCCUAUCGUACAGUCAAUGAGAACUGUUCUGUUCAAAGCAAAGGUAUUCACUCCGCACCAACAACGAAUGUAGGUUCGACAGUGAAAAUAAGUGAUAACUGUUAUUCGAUUGACAUGAUACUAGUUAUUGAUUAAUAUUGAUGGCAGCAAAAACCUUGUUAGUAUACCUUCUUUCGAGAUUGAUAUGCGGAAAUUACAUCUGGUUUCUUUUUGCACAUACUAAAGCACUACAAAACGCAUACAGUAAGGCAUCAACGUAGCUGGGCUGGGUUGUGUUGCAUAGUGGGUGUGGAUGCGGAGAGGCGUGUAACAAACCCGAACUCAACCUCGAGUUUUGAUACUGAGUUUUCUGAGAUUAAAUGGUGUGAAUGUGGUUGUGGGUGUGGGUGGAUGAGUGUGGGCUGUGGGCAUACAGGGUGUUUCAUAAGUUUUGAGACGCGACAAAAUUAGUUUACCUGCAGACAGAGAAUAACUCCUAAUCGAAUGUAUUUUAUAUGAGAUUUAAGUACUCGUGACGGCCUUUCAAAUGAUAUAAAAUUCAAUGACAUCUUCUCUUGUAAUAAUAAAAAUACAACCAUAAGAAUAUAAUGAUAAAUUUUUCGAAAUCAACCAACAAUGCGAGUCUCCUACAAUAAGUGAUGAUAAAUAGUUAAUGAUAUUUUUCAUACUUUUUUCUUGACAUAGAGAGCUAAAAUUUUUAUCAAAUAUAUAUCUAAUCAAGAUCUUUUAUUUGUGAAAGUUUCAGCAUUCUAGUUAUAACUACUGGUGAAAUAGAUAGAUUUCGGGGUGUGCGUGUGGGUGUGAGUAUAUGUGGGUGUGGGUGUGGGUGUGGGUGUGGAUGGGUGUGCGUGUGGAACUUCCUUUAGCCCACACCCACACCCACACUCCACCCCCACCCCCACCCCCACCCACGCCCACACCUACAUCCACACCCACCCCCACCCACACCUACAUCCACACCCACCCCCACCCCCACCCCCACCCCCACCCCCACCCCCACCCCCACCCCCAC